UCUCCACCGCACGCCAGUGCUUAUGCAGCGAUAGCAGAAGAAGGACCUCAUGUGCAGAGGAGACGCCGAUGCAAAUUGGGGAAUUACUCCGGGACAUCCCUUGAAUUGACUUGACAUUCGUCCCGCAUUGGACACUGGAUUUUGUGUUCUGAUAACCCAAAGCACCCGUUUCAUUUGCCGCACCGUUUGCAGGGGGGGGCUGCAGAACCUGCUGGGGAUCGCUGCUGCUGCUGUCACCGAGUCGCGGGAAGACAAGGACGUUCCACCUAUUCACUUGUGAUCACCGCACAGGGCUGUUUUGUGAAGCACCUCCGUGAUACCAACACACGCACUCUCACCUGGAAGUGUCCGUGGAUCGUCAAAUGUUGUGCCGUGGCCCAAUGGACUUGAGCGUGCGAGGAGAAUGCUAAUGAACGUCGCGCUGCGUCCUGCCGACGCGCGCUAUCCUCCAGUGCUGCUGAGGGGCGACAGCAGAGGUAAUCCUUCGUUCAAGAGGCACCCUGCUCCCUCGGAUAUCUAAGUAAACGCUUCUUUUUUUGUUGGUCAUUCCUUUAUCUGUAUAUACGUUUCUCAAAGGAAACGAGGGACGUGUUGACAGCGUACCUCUGUGUUUUAAGACGGAAGGGCGAUACAAGGGGAGCUAGACGCCCCUUCCACCUGCUGUUGAAAAUGGGCAACAGUUUUUCCAACAUUUCUGCCUUCCAGUCGCUUCACAUAGUGAUGCUAGGUUUGGACUCUGCGGGCAAAACCACUGUUCUGUACAGACUGAAAUUCAAUGAAUUUGUGAACACCGUGCCAACAAUCGGAUUCAACACAGAAAAGAUUAAACUUAGUAAUGGCACCGCGAAGGGUAUAAGUUGUCAUUUCUGGGACGUGGGAGGCCAGGAGAAGCUGAGGCCCCUGUGGAAGUCGUACAGCCGCUGCACGGACGGUAUCAUAUACGUGGUGGACUCCGUGGACGUUGACAGACUGGAGGAGGCCAAGACGGAACUGCAUAAAGUGACAAAAUUCGCGGAGAACCAAGGCACGCCGCUGUUGGUGAUAGCCAACAAACAGGACCUACCCAAAUCCCUUCCUGUCGCAGACAUUGAGAAGCAGUUGGCUCUGCACGAGCUUACUCCAUCCACCACGUACCACGUACAGCCCGCGUGCGCCAUCAUAGGCGAGGGGCUGCACGAGGGCAUGGAUAAACUGUACGAGAUGAUAGUAAAAAGGAGAAAAUCUCUAAAGCAAAAGAAGAAACGAUAACAGCCACUCAUGUGUGACGUAUGAUGCAAAGUUAGUGUAACUAAAUACUAUUCGGGUAUGCCAGUGUUGCCCCAAAAGAGGUUUACUUUUCAGUGGUUCUAUUAUUAUUUUUGUUUAUCCUUUUACUUUGGGUUAUUAAUGUCAAAGCUGUUAAGAUGCUGUGAACCAGCUGAAUGAUGCUUUUGCACACCAUAAUGGUGCAGAAUUUAUACAAAUGUUUAACCAAAUACAUACAAAAAAGAAACACUUGAAAUGAUUUCUCUUAAGGACUUGAAUGGAAAUUACAGCAUUGAAAAGGAAGAAAUGAAAACGGGCUGGCCCGUGAUUUGCUGCUUUCCUCCCAUGGAUCUUCAAUGUAGCUGGACGUUUGACUCUGGAAGCAGAUCACCAGACUAACCCACGGAGUACUUUUAUGGACGCUUGGAACUGUUUCUGCUCACUGGCCACACGUCUUCAAGGAAUGCUUCUUUGGAAAAAUACCCCACCCUUUUGUUUUUUUGUGAUUUUUGCACGUGGCUGGGGUUAUACUCACUUUUUGCCCACUGCUCAUGUCACACAGUGAAUCUGUGACUUAUCUGUUGCAUAUGAGCCUUCUGGUUAAGGAUGACAGAUGACAACAAUGUUUCCCGAGUGUUGAAGUAGCCUUUACUAUGUGUGUUGGACAGAAGGUGCCACUUGCUCACAGUUGGAGCAGGAUGGGGGGGUGGGGUCCACUAUUUUGCACUUUUCAUUUCCUAACGAAAUAGUAGAGUACUACACUGUAUAGCAGAGUCGGACCUCGCCCCUUUAUGUAUUGACAAGCCAAAAUUGAAGUAUUUUUGGAAUAUUAAAAGAUGAUGAAAUGGAUUGCUUUGGUUGAACGUUGUCCCUCAUUUACAUAACGGAGGUGUGUGAGUGUGGUGCCUGGUAUGGUGAUGACCUACUCAACUGCAGAGUUGCUAAUGUAAGCAGAUGGGCAUGCCCUCUGACGCGACCUAAUUGAUUGUUUUCCUUUUAUCAAGCUACUCGCCCCUUUUAGAGAGAGAGAGAGAGUAACGCUCACACUUUCCAGGUGUGAUGCCAGAAUGAGUGUGUGGAGGUCAAAGGUAACGAGGUUCAAAGCCCCUGGAUCCCACAGAAAUUGAAUGAGUGAAUUAACAAUUCUGAAAAUAGGCCUUUGUUAAACAUCUGACAUCUGACAUUAAAGUACAAUGAAAGGUAAUGUACAGCUUAUAUAAAAUGAAAUGUCAGCAAUGAUUCUAAAAUCUCAAAUGAAACGGCUACAUAGCCACAGUUUGAACGAUUUGCCAGGGUUAAAGCCCACAUCUUCUGCUGUAUUUCUAAAUAAUGUCCAUACAUCUCUCUUGUUCCUCCUCAGAAUAAAUAUGCACGCCUCAAGAGAGCCGAGCUAGCUGUGUAAGAAGCGGGACGGCUCGGGGCACAUGCAGGAAGUAUUACUGCUUCUCCCUAAUAACUCGCCCUUCAGGGGCCUUUAAAUAUACAGCAAUAGCAGCAGACAGGAACCCAUCUUUGAGACUUGUGUGGUACCAGCAGUAAUAUAUGCACGUGGGGCUAGUUCCUAAUCUUCUAGAACCUCCUCACGGAAGUACAUUCUUACUUGGGAUCGUUUUGAUUUAUUGAUGGCUGUCUUGUUUGUAAAGCCGAUGUUAUCAUCACUGGACGCCAUUGAUUGUUUCCGACAUCCGUUGAGCUUCUCAUGCCACUCUCGUUUCAGUAGCAUUAGUCGCUAUUUUAGUCUCGUAUUUGUGCUCAUUAUACAUGCUAAGGUGGCAUGCAAUGGGGAAUAAUGAUGAAAUGUGAUUUCUGACAUUACGACAAACACAGUUAUGUUUUGUACAUAUUACAGGGUAAUCUCACAAUAUGAGAAAACAUGGCCAGGCCUUCAUAAUUAUAUGUUGACACACUCGCAUCCCCCCAUCCAUUAUGUGCCCUGACACCACCUUUAUCUCUGGCUUAAAAUAUAACUAACUCAUGCAUGUUUUUACAUGUCUUGUUGUCCAAAUUAUGUUACCAGAAUUAGAAGUCCCCACAGUUCCAUUCCCAGAAAAA